AUGGAAUUGUCACCAAAAGCUUAGUUAAAUAAUUUUAAGAAAAAAGGCAUGAGCAUUUAAACAAUACAAUCAACAGAACCAACACCUAAGAAACAAAUUUCACCAUAACAUUCUGAAAAUUUCUUCAAAUAAAGUGAAUCAUCUUAAUGUAUUUAUUUUUUAAUAUUUAAAGCCAUGACUAUGAUCAUCAAUAAGGAAAAAUAAAGAAGAAUCAAAUAAUUACUUGAAGAAAAUUUAAAGUUAUUAGAGCAAUGUUCAGAGAAAGAUUUAUAAAUUGGCAGAUUAUACACAAAAAUAGAGAAAGAUAUGGUUUUAAGGACUUAGAGAGUUUAAACUCUCAAUAAUUUAUAAUCUCUUGAAAAAAAGAAAUAUUUUUUCAAUAACUAAAAACAAUAAAUUUUUUCGGAUUUGCGACAAAAAGAAGAAAAACAACUUUUCACUUUUUAUAGUCCAGAACCAAAAUAAAAUUCGUAAACAUUCAAACUCCCUAAAGUUUUCAAAGCCUUUCCAAAGUAAAAUAAAUAUUUUAUCUGA